UGUUCCGUGUGUUAACUGCGUACGUUGACGUCGUGAUACAGUUGUCCUAAUGCGUUUCCCUGCGUACUAGUGCUAUGUCAACUAAUGUACGAUCGACGGGUAACCACUGUGUCAUCUUCGGAUGCACGAACAACUACCGGAAACGAAAAAUGCUGGAGAAUGAAGUCUGUGAAGUGCACGGCCAGCAGCGCGGGCAUUGCGGUUGCAAACUGUUUCACCUGCACAGAUUUCCGCAUGACGAUGAGGAGCGUCGGCAGUGGAUAGCAUGCGUAAACAGAAAGGAUUUUACGCCCUCACAGUCAUCUCGCGUGUGCUCUGAACACUUUGUGGAUGGAAGAAGAACAGAGAGGAACCCGACGCCGAUGAUCAACCUUGGCUAUGAAAGAAAGGUGAAGGUCGGUCGACGGCGCAUUCUAAGGCAACCCUACCUGCCGAGAAAAAAACGAAAAGUUCGUCCCGACGAAACGCAACCAAGAACAGUUCCCGGCAUGGGCUUGGUGCAGGGUGCAGCAGAUAGCAGGGAUGAGGUGCCUAUCACUACUUCGUUUCCCGGCAUGGACUUGGUGCAGGUCGCAGCAGAUAGCAGGGAUGAGGUGCCUAUCACUACUUCGUUUCCCGGCAUGGACUUGGUACAGGUUGCAGCAGAUAGCAGGGAUGAGGUGCCUAUCACUACUUCGUUUCCCGGCAUGGACUUGGUACAGGUUCGUCCCGACGAAACGCAACCAAGAACAGUUCCCGGCAUGGACUUUGUGGAAGGUGCAGCAGAUAGCAGAGAUCAGGUGCCUAUUGCUACUUCGUUUCCCGGCAUGGACUUGGUGCAGGUUGCAGCAGAUAGCAGGGAUGAGUGUGGCUCUAGUGCAGAAAGGAGUCCCCCUGAAGUGCAGCACUGCAACACCGGUGGACCUGGCACAUCACAAAUAUUUCAUGUAUUUCCAUCUGUGCCAACAACUUCUGUUGAAACACAGACAGACAAUGACUCUGAUCGCAACCGUGACGUAGCCACACAGUGGGAGGAUCUAGCCUCAGCGGACCAUACAUACAGCUUGCCACUGAACUUGGGAACUCUCCAUUCAUCCGUGAGGUCUCGGAUGUCGACUUCUGACAUUCUGUUUUACACAGGACUGUCAGAGGAAGUGUUUCAGAAGAUCCUUCUAUGCCUCGAACAAUCAUUUCGGCCCCUCUCACAAUUGCCAUUGGAGGACCAGUUACUGCUUGCAUUGAUGCGCCUCAGACUGGGGACUUUGUACCGAGAUCUUGCUUGGCGGUUUUCUAUAUCUCCAUCGUCUGUUUGCAAGAUAUUUAACAGUGUCCUGAAGUCACUGAAUGAAAUUAUGAAAUACUCCGUGGUUUGGCUGCCGAAGUCAAGGAUACAAAGCAGCAUGCCAGAUUCAUUCAUUCAGAGCGGUUACGAGAACACCAGGUGCAUUCUAGACUGCACAGAAGUUUUCCUCCAGAGACCGAAGAAACAAAUGGCCAGGGCACAAACGUACAGUUCCUAUAAGGCACAUAACACACUUAAGUUUUUGAUUGUUAUUGCGCCAAACGGCUUUAUAAUGUAUGUGUCCAAAGCAUAUGGGGGUCGGGCCUCUGAUAAGUUCAUUGUGAAGGAUUGUGGAAUUCUAGAGUACUUCGCACGAAAUGAUGAAAUCAUGGCUGAUAGGGGCUUUACACUGGACCCUUACCUGGCAGCCCAAGGGGUGAAGCUAAAUGUCCCAGCCUUCACUAGAGGCAAGGCACAGCUGUCUGAAGAGGAGGUCACCAAAACCCGACGGAUUGCAUCCGUUAGAAUCCAUGUUGAGAGGGCCAUCAACCGGAUGAAAACCUAUCGAAUAUUCAAGUCAUCCCUUAGCAUCAAAUGUAAAAAGACAAUCGAUAUGAUGAUUUUUGUGUGUGCAGGACUGUGUAACUUUAAGCCACCCCUUAUUGCUGACGUAACAGGCACACAGGAGCAACAAUGGGGCCAGACUGCACAUGAACCAUGAAUAAAAUACUUCAGUCAUUGAACUGUAUAGUUUAACUUUACUGUGUACCUGGAAGAACAUUUCAAU